AUGGCAACGACAAGAAGAGUUAUCGAGCUGUGCGACGGUACCUGGUGCGGUCGAGAAACGAACACGAUAAGCAAUAUCAAUAUCCUUUCGCGGAUCAUUGGGAUCAAUUUGACCGCGAAUCCCGCUGUCUAUACCUUGCUGACUGGCGAUGUUUGUGCCAGGUAUUUCGACGGGGUCGGCUUGGGUAGUGAUUUUAUGAAUUAUCUCUGGAAUGGCGCUUUUAUGAUGCAGACUGCGUCCGUGUAUACAGAGGUAUGGCUGUUUGGGAUUAGUAGGGGUGCCUAUAUCGUUAGAUCGGUCGGUGGUAUGAUCAACAAGUGCGGAAUCAUCCAAAACCAAGCGAACGAGGUGUUGAUCGACCAGGUCUACGACAUCUACCGAAGCCCGCAUCUCCCUUCGUCACCCGAGAUGAUCCAGUUCAGAGCGAAUGGCAGUUAUGCGGUGCGGUCGCCAAUUAAGUUCAUGGGCAUAUUCAACACUGUUGGAAGUCGCGGCGUGCCGAGGCUGAACUAUCACACUGGAUCUGGAUUCGAGUGGCCCGAGUCACAUGACAACAUAGUAUCGACCGCCGUGGAGAAGCUCUACCAUGCCGUGGCCAUGCACGACCGUUUUUGGGCAUUUCAGCCAUGCCUAGCGUCGAGGAAGCCAAGGCAGGCGGGCGUUGUAGCUCCUGUUAACUUCAAGAUCCGCCAAAUGUGGUUUCCGGGCUGCCAUUACGACAUCGCAAGGCAGGAACUCCAGUUCCUGCGGGAAGGAGGCACGAGGCUGGAAAAAACCUUGUUCCCUAUACUCCACAUAUUCAGUAACACUGUCUAUCCCAACGAGAAGCUCGCAGAUCUGGUCCUGCUGUGGAUGCUUCAAGGCAUAAAUGCAGAGGGUGGGGGAACUAUUGUCCGCCAGAACACUGCAGGCAACACGUCCAACAUCGCGACAGAAAUAAUCAACAUCCAAGCCCUCAUCACGACGAAGAGCAACGGCAUUGGCGACGUGUACGACAACAUCCUCACCUACCUUCCGGGGGGUCAGCUCUUCUCCACUCUGGUAACCUGGUGGAAGAAUCUUAACAAGACUGCGUACGCUAUCUUGUUCGAACCAGUAGACAGGUGGAUACCCGAUCCGGGUAUUGGUAAUGGGAUUGCCGCUCUCGUGUGGAAUCAAGUCUACCACUACACGAGGGCUGACUCUGACAUUGGAGGUAAUGUCAUUGAGAAGAUUGCUGAUGUCCAAUCGCCGCAAUAUCCGUCACAAUCUUACCAGAAUUAUCUCACGUACAUGGCGGCGGUUGGAUGGCAAGCCUAG